AUGAAUAUCUGCCACAGCCUCUCGCAAAUCGGUAUGAUUUACUAUACAAAGAAUCAGUUUGCACUGGCACUCGAGCACUAUAAAAAAGCCUUGAGGAUUAGAGAAGCAUUCGAUCUGUACGAAACCGAAGACACAGGAACAAUACUAAUGCAAAUUGGUUUGGUACUCUGUAAGCAAGAAAAGUAUGAGGAGGCCCUGCCAUACUAUAAAAAAUCUUUGGAAAUCAAAGAACGCAUACUACCAUUUGGUCACUUUGAACUGAUCGAUUGCUUGAUUAGUAUGGGCAACGCUUAUCGCGAUCUGGAGGAUUUUGAGCUAGCAUUCCAGUGCUUCCAGCAGGCAAAACAGCAGGUGGAAGUCGAAAAUGCUCCUGAGAAAAUUAAUUAUAUUCGUCUCUCUCGUCUCACUGAUAAUAUAGGUAUUGCAAUUGGGCGACUGCAUGGCGAGGAUGAUGACAAAGGAAGACUAAAAGGGCUCGAGUGUCGUCUGGAGGCCGUACGUCUACUCUCCAAAGUCUAUCCACGUUUGAACUAUGCACAGUGGAUGGAAACAAUCGGCGAUGCCUUCUAUGCUUACGAUUACUAUGCAGCGCCAGGACAACCGACAACAAUUAUCAAUGUGCCAAUGAGAAUCGUUCAAACCGGCGGUGAAUUCGCGUUUUCUCCAGGAUUUUCUGGUCCUGUAUUCCCUUAUCUGAAAGCGGAAAAUGAUAAUCUUAAGAAAGAACUUCAAAAAACCCACACAGAGAAGGAAGCUCGAAUGCCUAUUAUUGUUGAUUUACCACUGACUCUCGAAAAAAUCAAUUCUGGCGCUAUCGAAGUAAUACAUGGUCAAUCAGUAUGCGUUCCAGCAGGAUGUCUAACAGCGGAAAUUUUCACCUCGGUGCAAGAAAAUGAACAAGAUUAUUCAGUUAAUAUGCCACCACUCAUUGUACGUAUUCAAGAAAUACCACAUCAGGCAUAUUCAACACAAUGUCGUACAUUACAUGUACCUUCAAUAAAUGGAACAGAUAAUCAUAAAUUGGAAAUUACCGGAAGCGAAAUAAUAAAAAAUGACACGGAACAUACGAUUCGUUUAGCUGGAUUACCUAAUCCAAAUAAUCUAGAAAAAUAUGGAGAUAUCAUUGUCAAAUUUAUUGUUCAAACUCCAUCUGCACUAGAAGAACUUUUGACUGUGGCAGACAUGUUAAAGGGACAAAAAACACAAACGCUUAUGGAGUGA